AUGCUGGGACACGAUUGUGUGCACUUUUCGGCUCGUGGCCUUUCGCUUUUCCACAUAGCAACAUGGAAUGCAAUGAUGACCGGAUGUGCCGAUCGUUCGCAGAGCUUCAAUCUAUCACUCGAACAUCCACUCUGUGCUGAUCCGCAGUGCCCAUUCAUUCGAACAAGCAGAAACAGUGCCUUCUGCGUUUGGAACUCAGAUAAGGUUUGUGGAGUAUGGUUAUUUAGUAGUGAUAAAGUAUGGAAAUCGUUUGACUUAAAAAUGCCUGAUGAUGCCGUUUUAGCGUGCAUAGGUUAA